AUGUUCACUUUGGAAGGAAUCGCUUUGGUUACAGGCGCGUGUAGCUCUCCAGCUAGCGGCAUUGGACAAGAAUGUGCUUUUGCAUUUGCGGGUCAAGGUGCAGAUGGUGUGGUCUUCGUAGACCUUGAUCUCGCUAAAGUGCAAGAAAACGCCGAAAAGAGUGUUCAGUUAGCCACAAACUCUUCGUAUCGAGCCCUUGCCAUUUCUGCCGAUGUGACCGAUCCAAUUCAAGUUCGAGAAAUGAUCUGUCAAACCCUUAACUCGUUCGAAAGAAUCGAUUACAAUGUCAAUUGUGCAGGGGUAUCGAUGAACACUGCAAUCUCAAUAGAGGAUAUAUCCCUAGAGGAGUGGGAACGGGUCAGCCGUGUCAAUGUAUACGGUAUCCUAAAUUGCCUGCAAGCCGUGGGUAAAGCAAUGAAGUCCCAGUCACGAACUACUGUCACUUGCCGAGAUAAACCGAGAGACGGUGGCAAGGGAUCCAUCGUCAAUAUUGGAUCCAUUCAUUCCUUCUUAUCUGCUCCCGGGACUGCCCAAUACACGACAUCGAAACACGCUAUGUUGGGCUUAACAAGAUCUGCAGCCGUUGACUUCGCAUUGAACGGAAUUCGAGUUAAUGCGGUCUGCCCCUCAUGGGUCAAUACUCCGAUGAUAAACAACAACAAAGAGCUCGCUCAGGUGCAUCAACGAGUGCCUUCUGUCGUUCCUUUGGGACGCAUUGCAGAGCCAGAGGAGAUUGCGGAUAUUGCUAUAUUUCUUUGUAGUCCCAUGGCUAGCUACAUUACAGGAAGUGCUUGGACCGCAGAUGGAGGUUUUACCUCAUGUGUGAAAUUAUAG